AUGACCUCGCGUACAGUCCCGAACAUCCUGGAUCCAGUCAGCUCGUCCGUGCUGAACAAAUUGCACGAGCCGAUCCCUCUACCUACAAAGAAACGGAAAAGAAGCGAUGCAGAGGAGUUAAGUCAUGCUGCUGGACAGCUCGCCACUGUCUCCAUCGUCAUUAGAGCCCACACAGCGUCUUUAUCUGACGAACCCUUAAUCCUCCAACCAAUUACAGCCCUCCCACGCUCUAGAUUGCCUAUUUCAUGGCUCGACGAUACACCUGCCUCCCGAUCCGAUGAGCAACCAGGCGGUCUGUUCACCGCGGACAUUCCCACCCUUGAAGUCGACCUACGCGCAAAGACGGAGCCAACUGUGCUUGCUGUGCGCCUUGCUUCCAAUGGCGGACUUUAUGUUGUGGAGAGAGUGAAAAAGGGCGUUUACUCGCUCUCCAAGCUCGCGCGACGGGUGAACGAGGCCAAUCUCGUUGGCGCGGCCAAGGGGUGGCAGGCAAGUGACGCUGUGGGGGUGGAUAGCACGGCUGCCGAAGAUGUCUGUGCAUUUCCCGAUGAGUUUGACUGGUGGCAGGCUGCUCAGAUCGACGAGCCUAUGUCCGACGUCGAGAAGCCGGCUGGGCUCGAUAUUGCUGUUGUCUUUUGCGAGACAGACCUCGCGAACACCGAUUCUUCUUUUGUGGGAGUUUUGGAGCAUCGCAGUCACUCGCUUGCUCCGUCGAGGAGUUUCGAUGUAGCCGAUGCGAGCUCUUUGCUCGCAGAAUCUCAAAGCUUUAGAGCUGGUCCUGAGGAUGUGGAUGUUGAUGGUGUUGAGCCUGGACCGGGGGUACAGCAAUCGCCCGAGGAAUUGCUGGACAGCAUGAGAGAUCACUAUCUACAGGCUCUAUAUGUGUCAAAGACUUCCGUGGCUUACUUUGCCAAAGGCCCGCUUACACGCUGCCGAGCUGCUUUCCAGGCUCGUGAACAGCCUCGAGGACCAGCGGAGCUAGUUGAAUUCUACCGUGAGGCUAUUCUCCCUGCAAGGAAAAUGGAUGUCAAAUACAGAGAAGCAUUGCCGACGUGUGUCCGCGACGCAGCGCUCGCAGUAUCUGACGAUGGCGCAAAAUCUAAGAAACGGAAAAGUAAGAAAAAGAAGAUGGGCAAGAAUGGUCUUUACCCAGAGGAGGAAGAAUACAUCCACCGGUGGUGGAAGGACAGAAUCCUCAAUGAGUCUUCAAUGCGAGAAACGUCGCGCGAAUCAGAGUCUAAGAAGCAAAUCUCGGAUCUCCGGCUGCGCGAGACACAAUUGCAGAUACUGCUAGUACUAGAGGUUAUGGUCUUGGAGAUGACCAUUGCCUCCGCAGCGAAGAACAGUUCCGACAAGACAGAAGAAGUGAAUGUGGAGCAAGACGUGCCGAAGAAAUCUAAGGCUAAGAAGCCUACGGAUCUGAACGUACUACUUGAACUCCACCUCGAUCGGAUGUGCAUCUGGCAUGCUGUUUCGAUGGAGGAAACAUCUGCAGCUGAUACAGCAAAGGCUUCUUCUUUCAGCAGCAGCCAUCUUUCAGGCAAGAAAGUCGAGAGCGACGCAGUACGUGACUUCUGCACAGAAGUCAUCAUUCCAUUCUAUGCCGCACGUCUCCCAGACAAAUGCAAGUUGAUUACACGCAAAUUCGGCGUAUCUUCUGGUAUCUCCCCGACUGCCAAAAAGACACAGUCCUCUAGAUCACACCGCGUCGAGCCCGGAGAGGAGAUUAAGCGGCAGCAGCCUGCCCCGCCGAAGGUCCGACGAUCCUUGCAGAGAGUGCUCACGGAUGAUAAGGAGGCAAUGUCUCAGGCUCGGCACCCUACGUUGAGUCGAUCUAAGACCGCGCCAACCCAACGUAGCGGGAAGCGCGACUUCGAGCCGUUACUCCCCACCAUCAUCAGCGGCAGUGUCCGAGGUGGUAUCCAGAAAGCCAAACGUACAGAGAACCGCGAGGUGGACCUCAACGCCGUUGCACGACAGCAUGAGGCCAAAUUGCGAAAAGUCCAAAUGCUAGCUAAUCAGAAGAAAGAACUGGACGCAGCUAUUCACGCGCUGAGGAAACCGAACAGAGAGCUUGUUUCGAAGGAUAUAGCAGAAGAUGCGUCAAAACGGGUUGCAACCGGAGGAAGUUCUAGGAAACCGAGAAAUCCCGUGCGGAAUCCGUUCGGCGAGGGAGUACAGGUCAUGGCGACUCCUCGGGGCAAUCGAAGGAAGGACGUGGGCGGGCUGCCGCCGCUCCCUCGCAGUCUUGUCCCAUCCCGGUCAUUUGCUGGUGUUGAGAAUUCUCCUUUCGCCGAGUCUCCCGUUCUGAUCCCAUCCUCGGGUCGACGGGCCAUUUCAUUCUCUGGUGCCGACUCUGACCCCUUCAAUCCCCAUGACAAUUCUCAUGGAAGAAGCCCACGAUCAAGUCAACCGGAUGGAGCCAUCCAAGAAACUCCAACUAAGCCCUCUUCCACGAUCUUCCAGAGUGAUGCCAUAGCUCGUCGGCCUUCGUCUUCCUCUGGCAAAGGUCUCUUCCGAGUACCGAACCUCCCAACCCCUCGCCCAUCCACGCAACAAAUGGUUCCAGGCUCGCCAAUUCAUUCUCGCCCCAAAGCUAUUUCCUCAUUUACAGAGAACUUGUCGACAUCUCGACGAUCCAGUCAGUCUGUUAACCACGCCUCAGCAAUCAUGGAGACGCCACCCAAGAAGGACACACCGCAGAUCAUUUCCACGCCCACUGCUGUGCCCUUCUCUCUAUCUCUCAAUGCCGUGGCCGAUAAUCCACGUGCUCAGUCUCCGCCAGCCGUCAUGGGGACGCCCAUCAAAGGUGCGGCGGCUGUGCCUGUAACGCCCGAGAAGUCGCAGUCCAAGUCGAUAUACGAUCAGCUGGGCUGGGAUGAUGAAAUGGAAUUCUAA